AUGACGAGAUCAGAUUCCGCGGCCAGUGCAUUCGCAGAGGUAGCAGGGGCCGAGGUGGCCUCGCGUUCCAGUACCGACGGGCAGCUUCGCUGGGCAGCCAGUGCAGCUGCAUCUCUUCUGCUGACCUACACAGUCACCCUGCAGCCGGCGAAUGCGGCGGACGUCGUGAAUUACUCGGACUUCCUAGAAUCGGUCAAGAAGGGAGAUGUGGAAAUGGUGCGUGUGCAGAACGACAUGCUUUCAGCACAGUAUACAACGAAGGAUGGCGCCAGACGGGAUGUGAACUUGAUUCCCAAUGCUCAGAUCGAGGAUGAGCUGUUCAACACUUUGGCAGACAAGAAGGUCGACGUAGUCAUGCAAAAUUCUAACGCCGGCGGUUCUCCGUUCGAUUUCCUCGCACGGUUUGCCGGUCCCAUUGCCUGGCUGAUUGCCGGCCUGCUUCUUUUGUUUGGAGGCUUGCCAUUUGGUCCUGCGGGGCCUGGAGGCCCUGGAG